UCCGGAUCGUUGAGACAUUUAUAUCUAAUUACCGUGUGCCGAGAUCGCUCUAUGGUCAUUUAAUCAUUUUUACCAUCUCAACGGUAAUAUGUGUUUCAGUGAAUAGUGUCAUCGAUAUUAAACGGCAACAAAGGUGUGUUCGUACCUAGAGAAAUACGGUUCUCGGUCUAAAGUUCGCAGAAAGAUGCUACGUUAUCUGUUUACGUUAAAACGUCUAGCAGUGAUACCGAAAGGUUAUCAUCGGACGUACCGGAUAACACUGGACUCUUUAAAGAUCAGGAACUGCUAAGUAAUGGCCAGUUGGGAUUCGUCGAGUGAAACGUAAACUGUUGGUGCCUUUUUCGUAAUCGAACGUUGCUUGUUAUUGUCGGUCACGUGAGCUGAAAGGAGAAUAAAGCAAGUGUCGUUGCAGAGAAAUUGUCUAAUAACUGGGCGUGUUUUAUCGGGUGGAAAAUGGUGUUUAAGACGGAACAUGUCUUCCGGUUGGCAACAACAUGCGGUGAAAAUCGAGGCGCCGAAGGAGUUGCUGAAACCUCUCCACAUUCCUGAUAGGAUCUUGAUGGGCCCUGGCCCUAGCAACUGUUCGCAACGAGUGCUCGAGUCUCUUCGGAAUCAAGUCCUUGGUCACCUCCAUCCUGAAACUUUACAGCUAAUGGACGAGAUCAAGGCUGGCCUGCGGUACGCUUUCCAAACGAACAACAGGUUGACCUUGGCUCUGAGUGCAUCGGGUCACGCGGGCAUGGAAGCCGGCUUGGAGAACAUCCUGGAACCCGGGGAAACCCUGCUCGUUACUACCUCCAGUAUCUGGGGUGAACGAGCCGCGGAAAUGGCCGAUCGGAUCGGCGUCGACGUACACUUUCUUGGGAAUGAAAUCGGAGUGCCGUUCUCAAGGGAGCAGUUGGAAUCGGCAAUGGUAACUUAUAAACCUACGGCUGUCUUCGUAGUGCACGGAGAAUCGUCGACUGGACUGAAGCAACCACUGGAAGGCCUCGGGGAUAUUGUCCAUAAAUAUGGAGCCUUGCUGGUAGUGGACACCGUGGCUUCCUUGGGCGCCGAGCCAUUCCAUUCGGACGCAUUUGGCGUCGAUGUCGUCUAUACCGGAAGUCAGAAAGGCUUGAGUGGACCUCCGGGGAUAACACCGAUUUCUUUUAGUCCCCGCGCAGAGAAGAAAAUAUUCAAGAGGAAGACAAAAGUACCCGUCUUCUAUUGGGACAUGACAGUACUAGGUGAAUAUUGGCGUUGUUUUGGAAGACCCGCCCUUUACCAUCAUACCAUAAGUGCCACCUUGGUUUAUGGAUUACGAGAGGCUUUGGCUCAGCUCGUCGAGGAGACCCUGCAACGAUCCUGGAGAAGGCAUGCAGAAGCAGCGGAAAAGUUGCAACAAGGGCUUCAGGAGCGUGGCUUCAAAUUAUUCAUUGACAAUCCCGAACACCGAUUGAACACCAUCACCGUAGUCGUGCUGCCCGAUGGCGUAGAUUGGAGAUUGCUCUUACAACGGCUUAUAAACGAACACGGGAUAGAAAUUGCCGGAGGCCUCGGUUCUACAGCUGGAAAGGUUCUGAGAAUUGGAUUAAUGGGGUUCAAUUCAAAUUGCCAAAAUGUGAACAAAGUUCUUCGUGCUUUGGACGACUGUCUUCAGGAUGUGAUGCUGUUCAAACGGGAAACUUGGAAGAAGUCUAGACUCUAAGGAGAGCGGUUCCAGAAAGAAGAGGCUAGAAGCGGGACCGGGUUGGAUCGAGGGACGAUAAGUGUUAACGUUAACGCUUAAACCUAAGACUAACGACAAUAACGGUAAUAAUAAUAGUAAGCCGAAGUUAUUAUUAAACGUUAGCAAUCGCAUAAUGAUAA